CGGCGCGCGCGUGCCGGCCAUGUGACCCACCUCCGCGCGCGCCCGUGCUGGACCCGAGUCACGGCGGCGGCCCGGGCGCGUGCGCGGAGUUUCUCGUUCAUCCGCGCAGUGCUCAGCGAGGAAGGAUCUGUGCGUGCCUUAUCUUACAGCAGGAAACUGAGGCACAGAGCGGGCAUCCAGCAACUGUCCAUGCAACUAUGAGGUGGCCACCCUGCUCCCGGACCCUGCUGGGGGUCUGCGUCCUCGUUUCCUUGGCCACAGCUGCCUUCUUGGGACAUGUCUUGCUCCAUGAUUUCCUGGUGGUCCCCCAAGAGCCAGAUGGCUUUCCCCCAUUCCUGGAAGACAUGCACCCAGCUCACCAGCAGGGAGCCAAGGGGCCAGGGCCCCCGCCCACCCAGGAGCACACCGGCCAUCCUGGAGCAGCACCCACACAGUGCGACGUGCCCCCCAACAGCCGCUUUGACUGUGCCCCAGACAAGGCCAUCACCCGGGAGCAGUGUGAGGCCCGUGGCUGUUGCUAUGUCCCUGCGAGACUGGGGCCACCAGGCACUCAGAUGGGGCAGCCCUGGUGCUUCUUCCCCCCCAGCUACCCCAGUUACAAGCUGGAGAACCUGAGUUCCUCUGAGACGGGCUACACGGCCACCCUGACCCGCAGCAGCCCCACCUUCUUCCCAAAGGACAUUCUGACCUUACGGCUGGACGUGAUGAUGGAGACUGAGAGUCGCCUCCACUUCACGAUCAAAGAUCCUGCUAACAAGCGCUAUGAGGUGCCUCUGGAGACCCCACAUGUCCGCAGCAAGGCAGUGUCCCCACUCUACAGCGUGGAGUUCUCUGAGGAGCCCUUUGGGGUGGUGGUGCGCCGGAAGCUGGGUGGCCGAGUGCUGCUGAACACGACCGUGGCCCCGCUGUUCUUUGCGGACCAGUUUCUGCAGCUUUCCACCUCCCUGCCUUCCCAGUACAUUGCAGGCCUCGCCGAGCACCUCAGCCCCCUGAUGCUCAGCACUAGCUGGAACAAGAUCACCCUGUGGAACCGUGACCUUGCACCCAUGCCCAGCGCAAACCUCUACGGGUCCCACCCUUUCUACCUGGCACUGGAGGAUGGUGGGUCGGCACACGGGGUGUUCCUGCUGAACAGCAACGCCAUGGACGUGGUCCUGCAGCCAAGUCCAGCCCUCAGCUGGAGGUCAACAGGCGGCAUCCUGGAUGUCUACGUCUUCCUGGGCCCGGAGCCCAAGAGCGUGGUGCGGCAAUAUCUGGACAUCGUGGGGUACCCAUUCAUGCCGCCAUACUGGGGCCUGGGCUUCCACCUGUGCCGCUGGGGCUACUCCUCCACUGCCAUCGUCCGUCAGGUGGUGGAGAACAUGACCCGGGCGCACUUCCCCCUGGACGUCCAGUGGAAUGAUCUGGACUACAUGGACGCCAGGAGGGACUUCACUUUCAACAAGGAUGGCUUUAAGGACUUCCCGGCCAUGGUGCAGGAGCUCCAUGAGGGUGGCCGACGAUACAUGAUGAUCGUGGAUCCUGCCAUCAGCAGCUCAGGCCCUGCUGGGAGCUACAGACCCUACGAUGAGGGUCUGCGGAGGGGAGUAUUCAUCACCAAUGGGACUGGGCAGCCACUGAUUGGGAAGGUGUGGCCUGGAUCCACCGCCUUCCCCGACUUCACCAACCCUGAGGCCCUGGACUGGUGGCAGGACAUGGUGACUGAGUUCCAUGCCCAGGUGCCCUUCGACGGCAUGUGGAUUGACAUGAACGAACCUUCCAACUUCGUAAGGGGCUCUGAAGAUGGCUGCCCCAACAAUGAACUGGAACACCCACCCUACAUGCCUGGGGUGGUUGGGGGCACCCUGCAGGCAGCCACCAUCUGUGCCUCCAGCCACCAGUUCCUGUCCACACACUACAACCUGCACAACCUCUAUGGCCUGAUGGAAGCCAUUGCCUCCCACAGGGCUCUGGUGAAGGCUCGGGGGACACGCCCCUUUGUGAUCUCACGCUCGACCUUCGCCGGCCAUGGCCGAUAUGCCGGCCACUGGACGGGGGAUGUGUGGAGCGCCUGGGAGCAGCUCUCUUCCUCUGUGCCAGAAAUCCUGCAGUUUAACCUGCUGGGGGUGCCCCUGGUUGGGGCCGACAUCUGCGGCUUCCUGGGCAAUACCUCGGAGGAACUGUGCGUGCGCUGGACCCAGCUGGGUGCCUUCUACCCCUUCAUGCGGAACCACAACGACCUUCAUAGCCUGCCUCAGGAGCCAUACAGGUUCAGCGAGCCGGCACAGCAGGCCAUGAGGAAGGCCUUCGCCCUGCGCUACGCACUGCUCCCCUACCUGUACACGCUGUUUCAUGCAGCCCACGUCGCCGGGGAGACCGUGGUCCGGCCCCUCUUCCUGGAGUUUCCUGAGGACCCCCGCACUUGGACUGUGGACCGCCAGCUCCUAUGGGGGGAGGGCCUACUCAUCACCCCAGUGCUUGAGGCCGGGAAGGCCGAAGUGACUGGCUACUUCCCCACAGGCACAUGGUACAACCUGCAGAUGGUGCCAGUAGAGGCCUUUGGCAGCCUCCCACCUCUGCCUGCAGCUCCCCAUGGGCCAGCCAUCCACAGCGAGGGGCAGUGGGUGACGUUGCCAGCUCCCCUGGACACCAUCAACAUCCACCUCCGGGCUGGACACAUCAUCCCCCUGCAGGGCCCCGGCCUUACAACCACUGAGUCCCGCCGGCAGCCCAUGGCCCUGGCUGUGGCAUUGACUGUGGGCGGGGAUGCCCGAGGGGAGCUGUUCUGGGACGACGGGGAGAGCCUGGGAGUGCUGGAGCGUGGGGCCUACACACAGGUCACCUUCCUGGCCAAGAAUAACACAAUCGUGAACGAGCUGGUGCAUGUGGCCAGUGAGGGAGCUGGCCUGCAGCUUCAGAAGGUGACCGUCCUGGGAGUGGGCACCGCCCCCCAGCAGGUCCUCUCCAAUGGCGUCCCUGUCUCCCACUUCACCUACAGCCCCGACACCAAGAUCCUGGACAUCCUUGUCUCACUGUUGAUGGGCGAGCAGUUUCUCAUCAGUUGGUCUUAACUGGGACAGCGGGUUGAUCUUCACAGACAAGGCCAGUCUCCCGGCACAGCAGAACCUGUGGCACUGACCGUCCCCCUGACUGCCGUAUUGCUUGCUGCGUCUACCUCCCAGGGUCGGGGCUCUGCUCUGAACAGUUUUCCCUCAGAUCCCACCACUGGCCAGUGCCCUUGAGGGUCACUCUGUUGGGAAUGUUGUGAAGUUUGCCUCCCCUCACCUCUCACUGGUGGGGGUGGCAUGAGCCGCCACCUACUGUCUGUCCCUGACACCAGAGAGGGGGGUGCUCAGGGUGGGAGUGUUGAAUCUGCACCCGAGCUCCUGCCACACACCUGCUAUUCUGACCCACGAGAGGACAGGCUGGGUGGCCACCACGGGCUGCCCAGAAAGCUCCACUAGUCUGACCAGAAUAAGCCCAGGGACCUUGGGAGAAUUCACAGGACUUAGGAGAUUCUUAGUCUGAAGUGCAAUUAUUUUUAGUAAAAGGGGCAUUUGGGAUCACG